AUGAGUUCAGCGCUAGCCUUGCUGGCAAGUGUUGCCUUGAUGGGCUGGGGUGUGACUGGCAAUGGACAUGACAGAGAACAAGGACGCGUUCACAACAUAAUCUCGGAGCGGUGCUGUCCGAGUGAUGAAUGCUACCCCUCUCAGAUGGACAUGGCCGCCCUCAACCAUGGCAUGAACGGGCACCUGCUGUUGCCAAGCUACCCAGAGUACAGUAAACAGGCACAUAUGUACAACACCGUUGAACAGAGGUACCCAAAUUUGAUCGCUGUGGUAAAGAACGCUGAUGACAUCCAGAAAGCGGUGCAGUUCGCGCGGAAAUACAACCUACACGUGACAGUGCGGAGCUCGGGUCAUAACUAUGUGGGCCGCUCCACGUGGGAGGGAAGUUUCCUCAUAAGCCUGUCCGAGAUGGACGAGAUGGAGAUAGACUUGAGCACGGAGAGGAGCCCACAUGGCACGGUUAAGGUGUAGACCGGGUUACAAUGGCAGGAGAUAUACAAGGAGUUGAAUGCGGUCGGGCGUGUUGUGGUGGGCGGCAGCGCCCACACAGUGACCCCGGGUGGCUACACGCUAGGUGGUGGGCACAGCCCCGUGUCCCGUUCCCUUGGAUACGCCGUCGAUAACCUGCUAGAGGCUCAGGUGGUGCUUGCUGACGGUUCGAUUAUCACUGCGACAGAGAACAGGACGGUGAUUGUCACCCCGGAAGGCGAUAUCAUCUAUCACGAGAACGGAGACCUGUUCUGGGCACUUAGGGGCGGCGGCGGAGGUACAUUUGGAAUUGCCGUGUACUUUGUGUAUUGUUUGCACCCAAUGCCGUCACAGAUGGUAGUUUUCAGUAUGCCCGUUCCUAUUGAAAUGAACGUUUAUGGGAUAAACUAUUUUGAAGAGGUAUUAGAAGUUUUUGAGCAGCAAUUGGAGAAAAUGCCGCCUACAUGGGGUGGCUACAGGAUGCUUAACAACUUCCCUGGAUCUUUCGAGGACCCAGGCUCCAAAACAAUUAUCAAUUACAAGGGAUUGCUAACAUUCUACUUUAACAAGUUUGCACCCUGGGAUGGAUCCGAGCACAAAGAAUUAGAGGCCGCAGUCAACUGGGCAAGAAGCAAACAAGUACCAUUCACCUUCACAAACAAGACGGAUUUCUGAGACUACGAGAAGGACUCGUAUGACCCGCAAAUUGUGCGCGCAUAUAUGGCGAACACCUUGUUGCAGCCGGGACAGGCAAAACCACGGAAGCUCCCUUGGAGAGCACACCCCUUCAUCCGGGCAACUCGUCAUCCACGUGCCUUAUUUUGCAGUUUCGGAAGCGGUAUGUACUUGAACGAGCCGUGGAAAGAUAACCCUUACUGGAAGGAGGACUUCUGGGGAACCGAGAAUUACGAGCGUCUGUUGCUGAUCAAGCGUCGCUACGACCCAGACAACUUCUUCACGUGUCUUCACUGUGUCGGUUCUGACGUGAUGGAUAAAACGGAUCCCAGACCGGCGCCGCCCGUGGGACACGCGUUCACCUGCCUGGCGUCGUGGAGUUUAGUUAUCUUCACAUAUCUGGCGUCUUGUUUCCUAUUUUAAACACAGCGUGGCAACAAAUCAUAACUUUGAUAAUUCCUAUUAAAUGUAUUGCAGAAUAGUUAUGUAUACGAUUAUCUGUUAUGAUGUUUAUCUUAUAAGAGCUAAUGUGUUAACAUGUUCGAAUUCACUACCCUGGCUACCGUUAUUAACCUUUAACACAACAUUUACUAUUGUUACUUCGUAGGAGCUUGUCGAAGGUCAUGCGGAUAGCAACAUCGGCUUAUACGCCUGGUGGUAUCUGGACACCGAUUGGUGGUUGGUUUGAUUGACAGGUCAUGUCAUGUCAAAUAUGGCGCUGUGGAACAUGAAUGCGUCAAUUACUACAAUGAAACAUUUGCAUUCAAGAUAAACAUAAAAUGUAAACAUAAAUAAGCUGGUAUCCAGUUCCAUUUAAUUGAAUAUUCCAAGUCUUUAAAUGUAUGCAUGUUCCGACGCACUCCUCGAGACGUUAUUGAAUGACCAGAUUAGUAACUAGAUAACUUGUAACAUUAUACGCCAUAUUCUGGGUUGUGCUAUGACAAUACGUUUAAUACUCAACCAUCGUUUGCAUCUGUAUAUCUGAAAGCAUAGGAGGAUAAUAUGACAUAUCAUGUACUAAUAAAUAUUGUGUGUUUGUUUAUUGUUUAAUCUUCAACACCAGGUCAGUUUGUUACUGUAUUUAGUCCACUAUUUUCAUCCUAGUGUAUGAUA